AGAAAUGAUAUAUUAUCUAAGUCUACCCCGCAAGUGUUGGCCCUUCCUUCUCCUUUUUCCCUCUCACCUCUUAACUGCCUCCAUCUUCUUCUUCAAUAUCAAUUCUCAUCCACCUGAACACAACAAACAAACACAAAUUCCCUCAUUUCACCAUUUCUCUCUUAAUCUUGAUGGGUCCUCACUCUGAUUUCAAAUCCCAUUUAGCCUCUGAAAUCUCCUCCUUCUCUUCCCUUACAGUUUCUUGCCCUCACCGCCUUUUCUCCCCUCCUUUCAUCGAUUGGUAUCGCCUUUUUGGGGUCCAACAAGACGCUCCAAUCGAUUUCAUUCGUAGCCGAUAUCUUAAGCUUGCUCUCCAACUUCAUCCAGAUAAAAACUCACACCCCAAGGCAGAAAUCGCCUUCAAGCUUGUCUCUGAGGGAUAUGGUUGUUUAAGUGAUAAUGUGAAGAGAAGGGCAUUUGAUUUGGAUAGGAAGGACAAGUUUUGCGCUGAUUGUAACACAAUCCCUUAUAGAAAUUACACCUCUGCUACAAACUUGAAUGCUUUGAAUGUAUUAGGGAGUUUUCACAACAACAUUCAUGGAAGAGGUUUGAGAGAUGUGAAGGAGAGAUUGAGAGAAGAAGCUAAUGUGAUUGAGUAUUGUUUAAGAGCUAAUAAUUCUUCAACAACUACAGAAACUUCAUUAUUCAAUCCACCUGGUUGCAGUAUGUUUCAUCACAGAAACUACAAAGAAACCCCAAUCUUCAAUCCUUCUGACUAUGUUUGUCAAGGCUACCCUCAUUUCCGAACAAGAAUCCACCCAAAACCGCAGAGUUUUCGAUGUUUUAGAAGUGGAAAUGCAUUGAAGUAUGAACAAGGUAGAGGGAAGUGUGAAUAUCCAGUGUUUGAAAUUAGUAGUAAUAGAUCAGAAAGUUUCCUUUUACAGAAACAAUCUGCUUUUGUUUAUUCAAAUGUUAACAAAUCAUCACAUUGGUGAAACUCAGCUGACUUCCAUAUCCAUUCAUUGCCAUUUUUUUUCUUCUUUUCUGGGGAAAUUUAAAUAAAUUCUAAUUCUUUCAAAAGUUUUAUUAUUUAUUUUUCAAAUUAAAGCAAAAUUCCCUCUGUUUUUUGAAUUGGAGGGAAAGUGAAACACUUUCGAAUAACAAUUCUUUCUAAAUGUAAUAUGAUUAGUUCAAAUCUUUAAUAAAGAAAGUGGGUAACAAGUUUUCUUUUUGGAA